CGCGCGUCGCGCUACGCUACGCGUCUCGCGCCAGCAACGGGAGUCAGUCGGAGAGUCGCCAGUCAGUAGAGCCGCUAUCCGCCGGCGCGGAGAGUGUCUCGCUUUCGUGGCCCGCGCUCGCGUUCGUUCCGCUGACAGAUAACGCGCGACUUGGACGCUCCCGUGCAGAUCGAUCGGGCGCGCACAAAGGAGAUCGCGGUGCCCGUCUCUGAGUGAGUCUCGAGUGCAGCGCGAGAGAGUCUCCCGCGAGUGAUCCUUUUCUCUCCCUCUCUCUUUCUCUCUCUCUCUCUCUCCCUUUUUUCCCGAACGCAGACGUUUCCGUUGGGAAAUCUGCCGCGACCCCAAUCAGAUCGCCGCGGAUCGGACGGCUGCCGGCCAAGGAGGAACGCGCGGUCGCGUCGUCGAGAGAGAGGAUUCAGCCGGCGAGGCAAGGCGCAAUGGCAAGAAGAGCCAACGCGUUAUCCUGGCGCGCGACGCCGCUCCCAUGCGGGCUAGCGGAACACUGGUGGAACCGGAGGCUGUGUUAAGAGUGCGUUAACACGCGCGGUGAUAUUCGGCGCGGAGAAAGGAUCUAGUUUCGUGACGGGGACCGGUUUGCCGUAUGGCGACCAGUUCGAUAGACGAUAACGGCGGUUGAGCGUGUUACCAUUGUGUUCUCGUAUUCUCGUUUCUCGGAAUCGUCGUACUUGAUGUUACACUCAAGUCCAUUGUGCACCUUGCGCCGAUCGGUGAGAGGGAGGAGGGGACAGACAAAGGAGGGUAGGAUCGUCCUCGACGUUUCACCUUCGAGGCGUUAAAGCGAGUCGCCAGCGGGCCGUCGGUGACUCGCGGGAGGGAAAACAGGGGGGUAAAAUCGCGCGAGUGAAAAAGAAAAGAGUACCGUUUCACGUGGAACGUCGCGAGAUCAACGUGAAUAAAGGAUCAGGCGUGCUCGGAGGGGGCGAGGGCGAACAGGGCGCAGUGCGGAAGUGAGCGAGGAGAGGAGGAUUCAGACGCGGGGAAAUAUUGUGCAUCGCGAGACGGAGAGGAGGUGCUUCACCGCUCGCGGCCGACCGCGGAGACCCGAUGCGCUCAGGAUCGUACGAUGGCCGAGGCCCCGUCCGACCCGAGACCCGUGAGCGUCAUCGCCGUCGACGGCGCCGCCGUGGAUAAUGUCAGGAGCAGCGCGGACCAAACGCAGGCGGCACGGGACGUCGCUCGGUCUUUUACCUCGACGGAGGCGCAGACCGAGCUGGGUCUUCAGAGCGGUGCUCCUCCUCCGCCCCCGCCUCCUCCUCCUCCGGCGGCCGGCCAGACCGAGGAGGUUCCCAGCGGUAUUCGAGACGCGCGUAGACGGGAGCGACGAAUACGCAGACAGCAUCGCCGCGCUCUGAGGUCUUGCUCCAUACCGACGUAUCCCGCCGCCACGUCGGGCUGCCAGACGGCAUCAACCGCACUAGGAGUGCCGCUGGUACCACCCGCCAGAGGAUUCCUUCACCCUCCACCCCCGCACUUGAGCCUCAGGGGCCUCAACCUCGGCCUACCUUUCCCUGUACCUGCUAGCGUCUCUGCCUUCGGCAGAGACACAGUACCAAAACAGUGUUGCGGUUUGGGUUCCCCGCCAGUACGCUGGUCCAUAUUGGGUGUCGGCUUCGUAGGUCUAGUCUGCGCCGGUGCAGGCACCCUCCUUGGCGCUCUAAAAGCCUCCGGUCGCGAUCACCUCUUGGGAAUAUUUAUGUCCGGUAUAGGAGUGCUUCUGGUAUUGGUGAGUGCAGUGGCGUGGCGAUUAACUAAUCAAGAUUAUUGUGGCAACUUAUUCGGCUUCACAAGCAUUUCCGGUAGAAUACCCCCGGCGAGACCGAUACAUCCGUACGCCGCUAUGAUCUAUCCGGAAUUUCAAUUUAGAACACCGCCGCCGAGCUAUCAGGCUAGUAUGCAAGAGUAUAGACUUCGGUUGUUGUUAUUGGACCGAUUGCAGCCUGCGUCGUCCCCGCCACCGACCUACCGAUCAAAUACGGGAAGUAUCGUAGCCCCUGGUACAGCAAGGGAGAGUCGACCGCCAAGUUAUUGCGCCGAGUCUAAUGUCGCGCCUAAUAUCACUUUAGUGUCCUCGAAGAAGGAUGCAAAUCUCGUUAGGAUUGUCCAAACUGAAUCCGAACCGGUUAUCCUUAGUGGCGAUCAAACGCCACCGGUAGCCGCUGUCGAAGUAUUAGCGCAUCUUUAGACCAAGCGAC